ACCGGAUCUUCAUUGGUCUUUUUAGCCUUAAAUAACAACUUUCUCUCUCUUCUCUCUCUCUCUCUCAUCAUCAUCAUCUUCUUCUUCUCUUUAUUUCCCUCUGCAAAAAAACACUUUCUCUCUCCAAAUUUACAAAUCUCAAAAGCCUAAAAAGCUACACACAGAAAAACCAACACACACUGCAAUAAUUCACUUUUCUUUCUUCCUUUCUUUAUUGCCAGCUCUUUCUCUCUCUCUCUCUUUAUCAUUAUCAUCAUCUCAUAUUCAUACAGAGAUCUAUUUCAGUUAUAUAUUGAAGAACUUCCACAAAGAAAAACACAGGAAGUUAAAAGUAUCUUUCUUUUUUCUUUGCUUACAAAGGAUUUCAUACAAUGUCUAGCUCCACAAAAGCUUUGGAUCCUGCAUUUCAAGGAGUGGGUCAGAGAGUUGGGACUGAGAUUUGGCGGAUUGAGAAUUUUCAACCCGUUCCUCUACCAAAGUCUGAUUAUGGAAAAUUCUACUCUGGGGAUUCUUACAUCGUAUUGCAGACAUCACAAGGCAGAGGCGGUGCUUAUGUAUACGACAUACACUUUUGGAUUGGAAAAGAUACCAGUCAGGAUGAAUCUGGAACUGCAGCUAUCAAGACUGUGGAACUCGAUGCAUCCCUUGGUGGACGGGCAGUGCAGCAUAGAGAAAUUCAAGGACAUGAAUCUGACAAGUUUUUAUCAUACUUCAAACCUUGUAUCAUACCUUUAGAGGGUGGUAUUGCGUCUGGAUUUACAAAACCUGAGGAGGAGGAAUUUGAAACAAGGUUGUACAUCUGCAAAGGAAAACGAGUGGUCAGAAUGAAACAGGUUCCUUUUGCGCGUUCUUCACUGAACCAUGAUGAUGUGUUCAUCUUGGACACCCAGAACAAGAUUUAUCAGUUCAAUGGUGCAAAUUCAAAUAUCCAGGAAAGGGCCAAGGCUUUAGAAGUGAUUCAGUUUUUGAAGGAAAAAUAUCAUGGUGGGACUUCCGAUGUUGCCAUUGUUGAUGAUGGGAAGUUGGAUACAGAGUCGGAUUCAGGCGAGUUCUGGGUCCUCUUUGGUGGAUUUGCUCCAAUUGGCAAGAAGGUUGUCUCUGAAGAUGAUAUUAUUCCAGAGGCUACUCCUGCUAAACUUUAUAGCAUAACUGAUGAAGUGAAGAUAGUUGAAGGUGAACUAUCGAAAUCCAGUUUGGAAAACAACAAAUGCUAUCUGUUGGACUGCGGUGCUGAGAUAUUCGUCUGGGUUGGACGAGUUACACAGCUAGAGGAGAGAAAGGCUGCUAUCCAAACAGCUGAGGAAUUUGUUGCUAGUCAAAAUAGACCAAAAGCAACACGUAUAACCCGGCUUAUUCAAGGUUAUGAGACACAUGCAUUCAAAUCAAACUUUGAGUCUUGGCCAUCGGGAUCUGUAGCUCCUGGUGCAGAGGAAGGAAGAGGGAAAGUUGCAGCUUUGCUGAAGCAACAAGGUGUUGGUGUGAAGGGCAUGACAAAAAGUGCCCCUGUCAGUGAGGAAGUCCCACCUUUGCUUGAAGGAGGUGGAAAGAUGGAGGUAUGGCGCAUCAAUGGCAGUGCCAAAACUCCAUUGCCCAAAGAAGACAUUGGUAAAUUUUAUAGAGGAGAUUGCUACAUCGUUCUUUAUACUUAUCACUCAGGUGAUAGGAAAGAAGAUUACUUUUUGUGCUGUUGGUUUGGAAAGGAUAGCGUUGAGGAAGAUCGGAAAAUGGCUUCUCGUUUGGCAAAUACCAUGUCCAACUCACUGAAAGGGAGACCUGUUCAGGGUCGGAUAUUUCAAGAUAAAGAGCCACCCCAGUUUAUUGCUCUUUUUCAGCCUAUGGUGGUGCUGAAGGGUGGAUUGAGCUCUGGUUAUAAAAAAAAUGUUGCAGAGAAAGGUUUGACAGAUGAAACUUACACAGCAGACAGUAUCGCUUUGAUUAGGAUUUCUGGAACUUCCAUUCAUAAAAAUAAAGUGGUCCAAGUUGAUGCGGUAGCAGCAUCACUGAACUCUGCUGAGUGUUUCCUCCUACAAUCUGGCUCUUCAUUUUUCACUUGGCAUGGAAACCAAUGCACGUUUGAACAGCAACAGUUGGCCUCGAAAGUUGCAGAGUUUAUGAAGCCAGGAGUUACUUUAAAACAUGCUAAAGAAGGAACUGAAAGCUCAGCUUUCUGGUUUGCGCUUGGAGGAAAACAAAGCUACACCAGUAAAAAAGUUUCUACAGAGACAGUCAGAGAUCCACACUUAUUCACAUUCUCAUUCAAUAAAGGAAAGUUUCAGGUGGAGGAAGUAUACAACUUCUCACAAGAUGAUCUGUUAACAGAAGACAUCUUGAUACUUGACACACAUGCUGAAGUGUUUAUCUGGGUUGGUCAGUGUGUAGAUUCUAAAGAAAAGCAAAGUGUUUUUGAAAUUGGCGAGAAAUACAUAGAGAUGGCUGCAUCUCUGGAGGGAUUGUCUCCUAAUGUGCCUCUGUACAAAGUUACUGAAGGAAAUGAACCUUGCUUCUUCACUACCUACUUUUCAUGGGAUCUUGCAAAAGCCAGCAUUCAGGGCAACUCAUUCCAAAAGAAGGUGUCUAUCUUCUUUGGGUUUGGUAGUACUGUGGAGGAAAAGUCCAAUGGGAAUCAAGGAGGACCAACACAAAGGGCUUCAGCUUUAGCUGCUUUAUCUUCUGCAUUUAGUCCAUCCUCUGGAAAAUCACCCCCGGGCCAGGAUAAAUCCAAUGGUUCUGGUCAAGGACCAAGGCAAAGAGCUGAAGCUUUAGCUGCUUUAUCAUCUGCGUUCGGUUCAUCAUCAGGAAACAAAUCUUCUGCUCCUAGGCCUGCUGGCCCCAGUCAAGGCUCACAAAGAGCAGCAGCAGUUGCUGCUCUUUCGCAAGUUCUUACAGCCGAAAAGAAAAAGAAGUCACCUGAUGACUCUCCUACCCAAAGUCCUCCCUCAGAAACCAGUGCCCCUGCUGAAGCCAAAAGUGAAACUACCUAUUCCGAAACAGAGGGCUCUCAGGAUGGUGGGGAAGUCAAAGAAGCAGAGGAAGUAGCAGCUGUAUCUGAAAACAGCAGUGAGUCACCAAAGAAAGAAACAGUGCAGUUUGAAAACGAUGGUGAAAGUAACCUUAGUACAUUCAGUUAUGAUCAACUGAAAGCCAAAUCUGAAAAUCCAGUUACUGGAAUUGAUUUCAAGCGAAGAGAGGCCUAUCUUUCAGAUGAAGAGUUCCAAACUAUAUUUGGGAACACAAAGGCAGCCUUCUAUAAACUGCCGAAAUGGAAGCAAGACAUGCAGAAGAAGAAGUUCGAUCUCUUUUGAGACUGAAUUUACUAAAAUCGAGUGCGUUUUCUGCUCCUUUUGCAUCCUAACUUAGGGGUGCUUCAUUCAUUUUGAUAAAAUAAUAUUUCUUUGUUGGGUAGUUGUGGUUUUUUUUUAAUUGGUACGCAAUGCCUUGCCUUGAUUUCCAUAUUAGCUUCUUCUUUUAUAAUUUUCCUUUGAUGAACAUGGUACUUACCUGGUUAGAUUGAUUCGGUAUUGAUUGUGAUGCCGCCGAGAGUGAUUUUGUUUUCAUUCUAGUAUUUUUUUUUCCCCCUUGUAACUGCUGCUGCCUCUUGUAAUGGUCAAAAUAUGGUAGAGUUCUAAAGGCAGUAAUAGGCAGAGGUAUAAUUCUUUCAUUUGGUCAUUGUGUAUUACAUAUAUAUAUAUAUUGUGGUUAUUUGACUAUUAUUACUUAUCUCUUUAUUUUUUGGUCCUGUGAAAAAUGGUGUAUAUGUAUCGCUUUUGAACUUUGUUUAAGAAUUAAGAUACAGGAAAUGAGAAACUGUUUGUGUUUUUUCA